AUGGUUCUUCCACGGUGGCGCGCGGGCCCUGCGGGCAGAAGAGGAGGUCGUCACAACUAUUUGGAUCGCCCAUCCCGGAAAGCCAAGCGCCUUGCUUGGAGCUACAGCCGCGGUGAAUCUUGCAGGGACGUCAUCCGCACAGCGACAGCUGAUUGGCAUGACAUGCUGCAAAUGCGGCGGGACGGCGCGAACUUUCCCUUAUGCCCAGUGCUACGGGACCUUAGCCAGUGCAACGAGAGGGAUUCUGAAAACGGGGUGUCUUCCACCUUCAUCCGGCACGGCAUGCACUACCCGGUGCCAAUCACCUACACCAAUGUGGGGCCGAUUGGAAAUUUCCCGUGGAUCAAGCCUUCGGACUUCCUACGCUGCAUGAGCAAUCAAGGGGACCUUCAUCGUUGCUUUGGAGGGUUGAAAGACCCUGCGGUAGUAACCUCUCUACUUGAGGAAUGGUGGGAUAGGUUCAAAGCCGUGCAUCCUGAACAUGAAGUUAUUGAAAAAGCAGAGCAGCAGGAAAUCGACCUCAAGCGCUGCAUCCCCCUGUAUAUUCACGGGGACGAGGGUGUGAAUUUCAAACGGGGAGGACUACUUGUGAUUAGCUUUCAAUCGGCCCUCGGCCAUGGAACCCGGAAAGCUACUCCAAGCGAGUUCUGGGAGAACGAGCUGCACGCAAGUGGGAUCCCGCUGAACUUUCUUCGCACAGCUCUGCAGACACGGUUUUUGUCAAUCAUCGCCCCGAGGGAUCUCUACUGUGAUGACCGCGAUGUUUGGCGUGGCCUCCAUGACCUAGUGACAGAGGACCUGGCGAACGCGCAGCGUGAAGGUGUGCUUCUUGGAGGGACACGCUGGUACCCAAUCAUCCUGGGAUUGAAAGGGGACUGGUCCUACUUGGUUGCCGCCCACGGAGGCCAUUCCCUCGGACGCAAGAUUGCAUUUUGCGAGAAGAUGACGGUGGAGACCCUCGGCAAGUUGAUCGAGCUGGCUGGCCGACUCGACUUCGCGGCCUCCCAUCGACUGGGGCGUGAUGAUCCCUUGCGGAAGGUGAGAGGACUCAUUGAGGGCAUGAUUGCCAGCAUGCAGUCGCAGGCGGCUGCAGAGGCGGAUCACCAGGCCUUCUGCGACAAAGAAAUGUCCACCACCGGCAUCAAGAGUGCAGACCGCCAGGAGGAUGUGGAGAAGCUCGGGACCAAGCUGGAACAGGCCAGGGCGCAGGUCACGCACCUCACAGAGCAGACCGCCACCCUCCGGCAGGAGUUGGCUGAUCUGGCGGAGACGCAGGCGGAAAUGGAUCAGGUGCGCAAGCAGGAGCAAAGCCUCUUCGACAAGUCCCAGCGUGACGCCAAGGAUGGCAUGGAGGGCCUCCGCCUGGCGCUGCAAGUGCUGCGCACCUUCUACGCCAAGAUCGGGGAUCCGGCAGGCAGGGGCAAGCAAGUGGUGUCCAUGCUCGAGUAUGUCAAGUCCGACAUCCACAAGCGCGUCACCUCCUUGGAGGCGGAGGAGCAGCAAGCAGCCGCGGAGUACCAGCGGGUCUCCAAAGACAACGCCGUGAUGCAAGCGACCAAACAGCACGAUGUGGAUGCGAACACCGUCGAUCUGUCGGCGCUGAAGAAGAUGCUGAACGAGCUGGGCUCCGACCACGUGGCGGCCAAAGAAGAGCUUGACGCUCUCCAGGACUACAUGGCAAAGCUGCAGGACCAGUGCGUGGCCAAACCGGAGCCCUACGAGGAGCGCAAGCAGAGGCGGAAGAAGGAGAUCCAAGGGCUGCAGGAUGCUUUGGCGGCACUGGACGGCAGCAGUCAAAUGCAGGUAAAGGAGGGCACGCCGGUGCAGGUCUUUCUUCAGCUGAGGGGCAGUCGGUAG